AUGCUCCGUAUGUACGUAGUUGAUCGACAGAUGGAAUGGAAUAGGUCUAAUUAUCUCCGAUUAGCAUUGUUAUUGUUGUUGUUUAUUUUUACCGUUUAUUAUAUAUUAGUUCAAAGUAAUAGUUAUGAGCUCAGAAGCACAGUUCAAGUACUUUAUCGAAUUCUCAAUCGAAGUCGAAUCGUUGAUCUAUUGGGAUUAGAUGCGAAUAUUACUACAACGAUUACUCCCAACCAACAGGUAAAUGUCACGACAACUCUUAUGUCGUCUGUUACGACAAUGACUGCAAUUCUUCAUAAAAAUGAAAAACCUGCAGUUUCUCCUACUACUACUGCGCCUACUGGGCUUCCGACCACUCUUGAUCCAGCAUUACUUGUAGUUGAACGACCUCCUCCGGCUUCGCGUUUGAAACAGAACAAUGACAUGAAAAGUUCUAUAGCUGUCUUUGUUUUUCACACAAAACAUCAUGUUCUAGCAGAUGCACAGAUCUAUCUUGUUCGGAAACUUGCUGUCAAUUUAGCUGCUGUUGAAUUAUUUGUUGAUGAUGUUCCAUCAGAAGAUAUGCUCAAGGUUGCGAAGUCUCAUAAAGCUAAUCUUCAUAACUAUCCCAUUGAAAAACACCAAAAUACACGUAGUGGAUCAGAUCGAAAUACGGCUGUUGUUAAUUGGGCUUUAGCUAGACGUGCAAAGCACUAUCUUGGAAACGGUACUGCUAUUCUUUUACUGGAUGGUGAUGUGUUUCCUCUAAGUCCAUUUGAUUCUAUUACAUUACUCAAUUCUCGUGAUGUCGUUUGUCGAAAACAUCCCGCCUCAUUCGCACGAUACUGUUGGAUUGGACUGAUCUGUAUAGGACCACAGCUGUAUGAUACAAUUGAUAAUUUCGAUGUUUCACAAAUGAUACGUAAUGGAUACGCUUACGAUUCUGGUGGAAAAACUGUCGAAUACUUUUUAAAAUAUCCGAAUGCAUCUUUCUCAUGGAUGAAAGAAACGAUCUUUAUUACACAGGAUAAAAAUCUCUUUUGGGGCGCAUUUGAUAAUGAUAUUCAAUGGAUUAGAAGGAAUUUCUAUGCAUGUGACAAGUGUGGAGCGGAAGUAUUUGUUUCACCAUUUAAUAAUAGUAACGCAGUAUUUUAUCAUAUGAUUAGCGCCACAUCGGAGUGGAGAUUUCCUCAUCAGAACCCACGACGACAGGCAAUUAAUGAUGCGAUCAUGAAUUCACCAUAUGGACCAAAUAAUAAUUUUUCGAUAGACCAUAUCUAUUCGUCCGUAGAAAAAGUGAAAAAAAUGAGAUGGAUACCAUACUUUGGCAAUCUAACUUGUGAAAAUGUAUGCAAAGGUCGAUACUAG